AUGCUCCUGUCCAAAAUCAAGACUGCCUUAGAGAAAUCACACCAGAACGAUCCCAAUUGUGAAGUCAGUGGAUCGAAGGACGAGAAUGGCAAAGAAAUAAGUGAUGAAUCUGAUAAGGAGAAGGAAGAUGAAGAAGAUGCAAACUCUGAUGACGCUGAUGCAGAUGAUGAGAAUGAUGAUGAUGACGAUGAUGGUAAUGAUGACAAUCAGAAUGGGGGUAACACGAACCAUCCUCAUCAGGACCAUAAUGCCUCCAAUCCCGAAGAAUCAUCAUCACACAACUCUCCCUCCCGAAGUGAUGACAAAAGGGAAGCAUCACUCAAGGAUGACAAUACUUCACACACCCAACCUGAAGACUUAUCUCGAGCUCUCGUCUCUCAUGUUCAACCAAUGGACGAAACUCCUAUCAAGAGAGAAGAUGAAAUCUCUCGUGAGGACAAAAUGGAUGCCUCACCUGUCUUCAUAAGCUCAGCAAGUGGUGGAAAAAUGGAAGCACCAUCUCAAGCGGAACAAAUGGACACCUCUCCAACAAAUAUUGAAGAAGAAUCUCCGCCGGUUUCUCCACAUCAUGUCAUGAAUCUUAUGAGAGAAACUGUUCACACAGCUGAAAUGAUCCACCGCGAAUACCUGACGCUUCGCCAAAAGGACACUCAAAUCUUGGAGGACUUAUCUAAGAAAGUGGAUCACCUGAUGGCCGCUCAAGCUCAGUCUCGUCCUCCACCGCAAGAACAACCCCAACCACCACCACAGGCUCCACCCGAACAGCAUUCUAAUAUCCACCUAGCAAAGGAACUUCAUGAACUUCAUGCAUCUGUCGACAAGGUGGCCAAGCAACAACACGAACUCAAACACUCACAUUUUAGCCUCAAAGGGCAUGUUGAUUUGGCUUGCACAAAGAUGGAGACUGCACAUGACAAUGCUUUUCAAAUGGGUCAGUAUCUAUAUCAAAUUCUCGGAUAUGUGCAGGAUACACUGAUUGCAGUCAACAAGUUGUCCACCCCUCCUUCUACUUGUGCCGAUGAUGCCAAAAAAGGGGGAAAAGAGGAACCCUGA